AUGCCACCGUCUCCGUCACCACCGCAGCCGUCUCGGCCGCCGGGACAGCCACCGGAGUACAAGCACUUCUGUCGAGUAUGCAACAAGGGGUUCACGUGCGGCAGUGCGCUCGGCGGGCACAUGAGAGCCCACGGUGCUAGCGACGUCGACGGCUUCGGCGCCGACGACGACUCGCUCGGCGACGAGGCGUCCGCGCAGUGCCUGGGGCAGAUCAGUGGGACACGGCUGAUCAGGAGCUGCCAGCUGUGCAUAAACUGCGGGAAGGAGUUUACGUCAUGGGAGCUUUUUCUUCAACACGGGAAAUGCAUCUCGCAGGACGAGGGAGAAGAAGAGGUGGAUGGGUCUGGCUCUCUACGUUCGUCAUCGCCUCCCUCGGACGCCGACGGCGAGGAGGAUCCGGCCGUGGCAGCUGCAUGGUCAAAGGGAAAGCGAUCGCGCCGCGUCAAGGCGGAGGAGCCUUCCACCGUGGUGCCGCUAGAGCGGUGCACAUUAGGAGAGGAGGAGGACCUUGCGAAUUGUCUCGUCAUGCUAUCGUCGUCCAAGUCCAACAACGAGCGGGCGACUGUUACUGCAACGGAUCAUCUGGUGCCAGCAAGUGCAUCUAUCAAGGAAGGUGAUGGAGAACCGCCGUUGCAACCGCAACAAAUCUCUUUUUUCACACACGCACAAGAGUCAGUUGUGGCACUGCCUUCGCCAGUAGCUACGGUGUCACAAUACAUAUCACCUGCAUCACGUGGAGUUUUUGAGUGCAAGGCGUGCAAGAAGGUGUUCACCUCGCACCAAGCUCUUGGCGGGCACCGGGCCAGCCACAAGAAAGUGAAAGGCUGUUUUGCUGCCAAGUUCGAGAGCAAUGCCAGUGAACCAGCACGCCAUUCAGUGGCCAUUGAUACCAACAAUGGCAAUGGCAAGGCUGCUGCUGUCGAUGAAGGCAAUGCAGGUGCAAGCGCAGAUGCCACAAGAGUUUUUGCUACCACUGGCGUCGAGACCAAUGUAGGGACGAGUACUGAGGAGGCAACAUCAUCACUGCCAAUGGCGCUUGUGCCCAUCGGACACAAUCCAUCAGCCGCCACCACGCUCGCCGUCGCAGCACAAUGCAAGAAAAAAGCCAAGAUGCAUGAGUGUUCAGUGUGUCACCGCCUGUUCACCUCUGGGCAGGCACUCGGAGGCCACAAGCGAUGCCACUGGCUCACCUCGAACACGGCAGACCCUUGCAACCCGGUGGCGGCCGGUAUGAUCCCACCCCUGACUGAAGAUCUCGUCGGCGUCGUCAAACACCAGCUCAGCCUCCGACCGAUGGCGGACGUGCCGGAGCCAGUGCUCGACCUCACAAUCGCGGCAAACCCGGUGGCACUAGCCGCUUCCACGGCGCGGCCCGAGGCCAGCAGCAGCUCUUUCCGUCUCGACGUAGCACCGGUGCACUUGCAGCCACUAGUCGUCGCCGUGCCAGGUAAUGUUAGCCACCCGAAGAAGGCUGCAGCGAUGAGCUGCCAUGCCACGGAUGCGGUGGCGGAGGAAGACGAGGCGGACAGCACCACAGCCAAGAGAGCUAAGAUUAGCGAUCUCAAAGACGUGGUGAGCAUGGAUGGUGAGCCCACGGAACCAUGGCUUCAGGUUGGCAUUGGUUCCUCGUCGGCCGCAGGUGAUGACAGUUGA